AUGCAGGGAGCUGUUCUGGGCGUACUUUCAGGGUGGCAGUGUAGCAACAGAGUGGUUGCCGUCGGGCAGCUGGAACUGUGGCUUCCUCGGGAACAGCCAGUGUGCCGGGCUGGGGUCGGGGGAGGCUCCCAGGGCCUGGGGCUGGGAACCGUUCACUUGAGGUCAGAGCUUUGGCGAGCCCUCCCAGGGACAUCCCCUCCCCACGGCCACGCUGAGAUAUCCUGUACUCAGCAGCUGUCCCGCUGUGGGGUCCCCACCACCCACAGUGUGUCGGGCUGCCCAGGCAGUUCUGGGACUUAA